CAAGCGCAUUGCAUGCAUCAAAACAAAACUCAUUUUAAGCGUCAAGUGAAAAAAAACGGUAUCAUCAGUAAAUUAAAAGAAAACACCUUAUACCACUGUGAUUUUGAUGUGGAAAAUACAUAAUUAUGAUACUUAGUUGGUUUUGAUUGCAUGGACAUAAAAGUUUUUUAAGUUAUGUUGUAGCCCAUUAUGGAUACUAUGGAUUUGCAAGCAGACUCUGGCCCGGCAACGGAAGACACAACGUCGAACAUUGAUAAUGAGUCCUCAAUUCUAGAGGAACCUGUUUUGACUGCCAGAGACUCAGAUGAAAAAACUAGUGCCGCUCAAUCAUCUGAAAGUAAGGAAGUGGUUACUGUUCGCGAAAAAAGUGAGAGCAAAGUCGAUAAUUCGGACCAAAAUGAUCAGGUAAAAACUGCACCACCAGUGAUUGCACUUGACGACAAGGACGAGCCGGCUCAGGUUGAAAGGGAAGACACUCCUUCAAAUAGAGAAAAUGAUAUGUUGGAUGUAACUCAACUUGGAGAUAAAGUGACACUGAGGAAAAAGCAGAAUCGUGAGAUUGCUUCUUCAGAUGAAGAAAACAAGUUUCAGUCGGUCGCAGAUAAGUUAGAACAGAAAGAGGAAAAGACUCAAGAUGUGAAUCAAGAAUCAAGCUCUAAGGUUGAUGAUGAAAUAUCUAAAACUGAAAACACUGCAGAACAGUUGAAAAACACAGAGUUGGAAAAAGCAACAAUAGAGCAGGUAGAUAAAUCUGAUGAAAUAUUAUGUGAAAAUGUAGUAACCAGUAACUCAAUAGAAACUGAUAUUAAGACAAGUGAAAAUGUGGAUUGUGCUGAAAGUUUUGUCGAAAAUGAGGCCAUAGAAAAAUCAACCGAUAAAAAAGAGGUCGACAAUACGUCAAAUAAAAAAUCUAUAGAUGAAACUCCGGUUGUUUCUGAACAAAAAAUUGAAGCAGACCUUUCAAUAUCAGAAAUUACGACAGAAGGAUCUAGCAAUUUAAUAAGAGAUGAAGUUUGUCAUGACGAGACUGCAAACGAAACACAGGAUGUUGCCGAAGACAUAGUGCCCAACACUUCAGAAGAAAACCCGGCUGAUUCAUCAGAAUAUGAAAACUCUGCCUGUGACAAAAGCAUUAACGAAUCUAAAAAUGAAGACAUAAGCAUUAACGAAUCUAAAAUAGAAGACAUGUCAGAUGUCAAUGAAGAAAAAAAUGAAACCCCAGAUGAUGAUGUAGUUAUGUCCUUUGUUCCAGAUUCUGGAGGAGCACAACAAACCGAAGGUCAUAAAUCAGAUCAAUGUGCAAAAACGGAUACCGAUUUCGAACAUAUUUCAAAUGAUGAAACUGAAGCUACUGAUAAACAAAAUGACGAGGUCAAGGAUGAAGCUGAAGCAACCUCGAAUUGCAAACAGGUAAAUACUAAUAGUGACGAAAAUGUAACUACCAAAUCCACGGAAGAAUUAUCGAGUGGCGAAGCGAAAAAUAAAGCCCGUAAAGAAAAUAAUGAUGAUGAUGAUGAUGACGUUAUCAUGGUAGAAAGUGAUUUAAAUUUCACCGAUAACUCAAAAUUAUGUAAAACUGAGAAAAAUAGUGAACACAUAGAGACAAGUUUAUUUUUAAAAAAUGCUCUUCCUCAAGAAACCGAAAUUGUCAAUAACGUGCAAAAUGAAAAUAAGACAGAAACUGUAGCUCUGGAAGAUAAACCUAAGGAACAUGCAGAAGAAAAUACCGACAAACUCGAUACGGACACAGCAGUAACGGUUGCUGCGGAAUCUCAAACAAUAGAGAAAAGUAAAAGUUCAGAUUUAUCUGGCACUGAAAAGGAUGCAGAUAUUGUUGACAAGACUACUAAGGAAAAUGAUAUAGAAAUUGUUAAUCUCGAUGAUGAACCUGAAGAGCCGGAUUCGGCGGCAAAUACUGACGAUCCCAAGCCAGAUGCAGCUGAAUCAGUAGAAAAAAGUGAUACACUUCCAACAAAUGCAAAAGAUUCAUCGGAAAACACUAAGCCUGAUGAGAUGCAUACAGAGAAGACUUUUGUUCUAGAUGAGAAACUGGGAGUUUUCGAAGAGAAAACCACUCAACCCGAAGAAAAAAUCCCGCAGCUAAUUUCUGGCGAUUCAGACGAGGAUGUAGUAAUGAUUGAAGAUGAUGAACCAGCACCAUCAACAACAAAGGCUAGUUUUCCUGGCCCUAAAGUUGUUGCUGGUGGCAAACUCGACCUAGCAUCUGUGAAGAGAAAUGUGGUUGUAAGCAAAGAAGCCAAACCAAAGACAAUAAAACCACCCAGUUUCGAUUGUGUUAAUCCUGAUUGUGCAAAAGUGUCUACGGAAACUGCUCCAGCGCCGGGGUUUGUCUUAAAUUUUUACAAUCUGCCAAAAAAAUCCAAGAAACAACGGGUGUGCUUAGUUUGUUACGAUCAGGUUGUGGAAAAAUAUUCUGAAAUGUGUGAGUCGCUGGUUGAUCAACAGCCUCUGUUGUUUUGUAAAAUGCCACAGAAAAAUGAAUUGGUGGAAAUAUCAGACAGCAGUGAAGAGGAAGAGGACGAUUCACAACAAGAAACAGGCAAACCACUUUCAUCUGACAUUAUUUCGCUAGUUGAGACUGAAUUGCAAGACAUACUGACAUCAACAUUUGAGAAAAUUAACCUGAGUAAACAAAUAGAAUGGACUGAGCAAAUUAUGAAGCAGAAGAUUGCUUACAAUAGUAGAUUAUCCGACGAAAUCAAUAACGAACUCAACGAACUACAGCGCAAAGUGGACCGCAUUCAUCUGAAUCUCUACUCCAAAUCACGACCAAGAUAUCAUGAUCUUCCUCCAUGUAAUAUCUUUCAUGAAGUUGACUUGAUGAACAAAAACCAACAAUCGGUAUUGGGACAAUCCACUCACCAGCCCUCUCAGUCCAGCGCUCGUCAAUUCUCACCACAGAAAGCACAACCUGCUCAGAAUCAGCAACAGCAGACACAAAAACCGUUAGUCUCGUUGCCUGUGGCUGCAAAAAAUGAAGAAUUCGUCAGACCGGCAGUUGUCGUUGGACAAUUUUAUUUUGCGGUUAAACACAAAUUGCUCAGUAACUGGGCGGAAUGUCAAGUAGUCGAAACAGUUAGUGCUUCUGAUAAAACUCUCUACAAAGUAAACUUUUUACACAAUCAAGGCGGAGGUAAUGCUCCAAUCAAAGUUGUUCCAGCAAAAUUCUUAGCUUACCGACACUCUUUCAACGUGAAACUACCACUCGGAACCCGUGUGAUUGCUCGUUUCGAUGCUGGAACAACACAACCUUCAUACAAACUAACACAGGCUACCAAAAGUACUUCGUUCUAUCCGGGAAUCAUAGCCGAGUCUUUUGGAAAGUAUAACCGGCAUCGCUAUUUGAUUUUCUUUGACGACGGGUACGCACAAUAUGUAUGUCAUGGCGAUGUGCGAGUUGUCUGCGAAGAAUCCAAGGAGGUAUGGUUGGACAUUCAUCCACACUCACAGGAAUUUAUUAGGAACUACUUGCUAAACUACCGUUCACAAAGACCGAUGGUGCAGGUGAAGGUUGGUCAGAGAAUUAUCACAGAAUGGAAGGGAAAAUGGAUUUAUGCAAAAGUUAUUGACAUCGAUGCAAGUUUAGUUCAAUUGCAUUUCCCUGAGGACAACCGUUUUGAAUGGAUUUAUCGUGGUUCAACACGCCUUGGUCCGCUGUAUCAAGAGAAGGCUCUCAGCAUGAGUAAAAUGAGCAGCAACAAAUUUUCGAAAUUCCAGAAAAGAAAUGAACCUUCUAUUGAGUAUAUUACUAUCGACGACGAUGAGAACGAUCAAAACAAACAGGACUCGAAGAAGCAGCCAACACCUCAGGAACAAGCUCUGCAGUCGUAUCAACAGCAAAAUAAGGUUCUCCAACAACAGAGCUCGGCUGAUGCUGCGGCUAAUCGUUCAGUAGCGAAAAAAAGCACUUUUCAUCGCGCCGUUGUAUCAACGUCUCAACCAUCAGCGGUGUUUAUGAACAGCUCCACGAUCUACUGUGAAGACGAUCGCCCGAAGGGUAAAAUUGUGUAUUAUACUGCCAAAAAGCAUCUGCCACCACUCAAAUACAAACCGCACGAGUGCAAUCCAAAUUGUUUGUUCAAAAUCACGCACAAUCUCAAGUCGUACAGUCCGCUGGCAAAGCCUUUGCUAUCGGGCUGGGAACGGCAACUAUGCAAAAUGAAAUACAAAAAGGUGUACGUCGUGUAUCGGGCGCCCUGUGGUCGGAGGUUGCGUAACAUGUACGAGCUGCAUAAGUAUUUACGCAUGACAAAAGCUACGCUCAACGUUGAGAACUACGAUUUCGACCCUAUGGUGCACUGCCUUGCGGAAUAUGUGAUCGAAAAUCAUAUCUAUCAUAAUCCGGAUCUCUCGGACGGUCGCGAAUACAUGGCAGUACCGUGCGUGAACUAUUUCGAUGAUUCGAAACCUCCGCCCUGUGUAUACUCGACAGAGCGUAUUCCUACUGAAGGUGUCAACCUAAACCUGGACUCGGAUUUCAUGUGCGGUUGCGAUUGCGAAGAUGACUGUAUUGACAAAAGUCGCUGUCAAUGUUGGCAGCUGACUAUAGCCGGAGCUAAAUUCGGAAAUCCAAACACGUCGAUCGAUAAUAUUGGUUAUGUUUACAAACGCCUGCAGGAGACGGUUGUUACUGGGAUUUACGAGUGCAAUUCUCGAUGUAAAUGUAACAAUAGCUGCCUGAACCGGGUGGUGCAGCAUCCGCUUCAAACCAAGUUGCAGGUGUUUAAAACUAGUAAUCGUGGUUGGGGAAUCCGCUGUCUUAAUGAUGUUUCAAAAGGAAGUUUCAUAUGUAUCUACUCGGGACAUUUACUGACCGAGGAAGCAGGAAAUAUGAUUUGCCAAAUGAAUGCAAACAAGGCAGGUGAUGAAUAUUUCGCUGAUUUGGAUUACAUCGAAACUGUCGAGCAACUGAAGGAGGGUUACGAAACGGAUGUAGUGGAAUCGGAGAGUGAAAAUGAUAGUGAUGAGCCAGAUUAUGAUGCCAAACGGGACAGUGAUGCAUCGGACGACGAUUUCACUACCAACGUCAACCCAUCGAAUGCCGUAGUCAAAACCAGAUCCCAAGUUAGGAGGGAUAGUACAAAAAGAACGGAACCUAAAUUGGAUAAGAAAUAUAAAAAGAAGGAGGAUACCAAGAAUGAAUCCGAUGAUGAGCGUGAAAUGGUCAGUUUAGUUCCUAAUGCCGAAAUGAUAAUUACGAAAGAAGAUGAGACAAAUACAUCGAUAAAAUAUCGCUCUGUCCGAAAAUUAUUUGGAAAAGAUGAAAAAAUCUACAUAAUGGAUGCUAAAAAAUCCGGAAACCUUGGACGAUAUUUCAAUCAUUCCUGCAACCCGAAUCUUUUCGUGCAAAAUGUGUUUGUCGAUACGCAUGAUCUUCGUUUUCCGUGGGUGGCUUUCUUUGCAUUAUCCAAUAUCCGAGCUGGUUCUGAACUAACGUGGAACUACAACUACGAUGUUGGUUCGGUAGAAGGAAAAGUUCUUUACUGCCAAUGCGGGGCAGAAAACUGUCGCCAGCGAUUACUGUAAGAGGCACAGGUCAGUACCUUACCAUUAUGUAAGUGUUUCUAUGUUCUGUGUUACUGUACUAAGUCCAUACGAAAUAGUGGGUGUUCGAUAAAGUUUUAUGAAAUAAAAACCAGAUGUGAAAUAACUUUAGUGUCAACAAGAAGCAAAAUUGUAUUAAUUUAU